AUGAUGGCCACCCAGAUAUACAACCCACCAGGAAGACAACUAAUGAGAAGAACCAGAGCCCCACUACCAAUGCCACCCACCAACAAGAACAACAGCAGCUUCUUCUCCUCCAUCGUCUCUGCAAUUAUGUACCUAUUCUCUUCAUCCUCUGUCCUCUUCAGCAACAUUGCACACCCACCACCAAACACAAACAACCUGCAAUUUAACGCCCCACAUGCAAUUGAGUACCACCCAAGAUUGCUAGACAAAACGGAAGAGUGGAAAGACAACGAAUGGAAAAACUGGAUGGGUAAAUUAGAAGGAGAGUGGGUAGAUUUCAACAACACAAUUGAAAAGGAAAAAGGAAAGUGGCUCAAUGGAAAGGAAAAAGACUGGGAUGAAUUUAUACAAUAUAUGGACAAUAAAUGGAUGCACUACCACGAUGGAUUAGAUGAAGAAGUCAAAUCAGAUAUUCUGAAGAGAUCCCUAACCCUAGACGAGAUCGAAUGGAAAGAUUGGAUCAAAACAGAGGGAAAAGAAUUGAUGGAAAAAGAUUGGAAAAACUGGAUCACCAACAAUGAGUCCUACCUAGAUGUAUGGAGUGUUAAAGAAUGGCUCAAAUGGAAGAACCAGAGAAUCGUCACAUGGAUUAUGACUGACUGGAAAUGUGAAGAAGAUGAAUACUGGUCCAAGUGGGAAGAAUCAUGGGCCAAAUCUCCGAACAUGCAUGACAGAACCAACUGGCUCAACUGGAGAGAGAGACUAAACAAGGAAAUGGUCCAAUGGAACAGUUGGGUUAUGAUGAAAGAACAACAGAUUAGGGAAAACCGAUCCAACAACUGGUCCAAGUGGAAGAGCGACAAGCACGUCAUGUUCAAUUUGUGGAUGGACACCUUCAUCAACAAGUGGAUCAACGAGAAGCAGUGGUUCGUCUGGGUCAAGGAGCGAAACCAGCUACGAUCAAGGGGAAGAUACCUGGCCUACAAGUAA